AUGAAAGCUAGACUAUUGGAAACCAAAGAAACUACCAUCCUUUGAGUGGAGAAAUGAAUUCCCCAACUGUCUGAUACAUAUCAGAAUGCGUUGUGAAACCCCAUUAUGUUUCAGAAGAAUCGAAGCAACCGUUUUAUCUGGCGCCAUGCUUUCUUUACACUGCAUUCAAAGCGGCCUUCUCUUUUCCAAACCUCCAGGCCGCCUCGCGACAAGAAAAGAUGAAAGCCCGCCUUCCUAUUUUGUCUUUGUUGAUUGGGGCGCCCAAUUAAUUCAUGCAGCAGUUGACAUGACAACAUCCGAUAUUGUUUCCCCAGAUUGCCAUUGGUUGUUCGAUCAUGAUGGAGCUGUCAACCAUGAUGGUCACGCCAGGCCUUUGGUAUUAAUUCAGGUCACGGGUGGAUGGUGUAUUCAUAGGGUGCUCUGUGAACCACCUUCUGGCAUUUCCUCAGCAGAUUGUCAGAGUUAUUUAGAGCGCAAGGAAGAAAUGCACAAAUCACACGCCCACCGGUGCUUAAGAGGUGGUUCCCAGAGGGGCAUGGUCCACUAAUUAACCUUCCAUUCACCCAACCGGAUGAAUUUAUUAGCAGAUUCGAAGCACCCCAAGAUUUAGAGAGAAUCUUCGACUUCUCAGCAGAGUAUAUUGCAAAACUCAAAGCAAGGGUCAAUUCAGAAUAUAACACCGGUAACAUCUCCUCCUUUCAGUCCUUGUCUGCGCUCGUUUGGGGGUCCAUAAAAAAGGCAGGACGUUUUCAACACGAUCAAGUUGUUCUUUUCAAAUUCGCCAUAAAUAACAGAUCUUGAUUGGAACCAUUGUCACCAGAUUUCUUUGGAAAUGCGAUUCAAACUGUUAGAACAAUGACCACAGCUGGGAAUUGCUUGAACAGAGUCUUGGAUGGGAUUCUUGGCUAUUGCACCAAGCUGUGGCUAACCACACCAACAAAGCGGUGGGUAGUUUUGUUGACGAAUGGCUUCGUUCACAAUUUAUUUACCAGCUUAGUCGGUCU